UUGUUUAUCGUUCUCCUAUCGACAUGGUGACCUCUGAUUGAUCUGUGCCAGUCUGUCGGAACAGGUUUUCACCGGUAUAAAGGCGGCAGAGAGUAGCAGUCAUCCACCAUUCAAUCUCAAAAACAUGACAAUCCUCACAAUCCCGAAGCUUGCAGAUGAGCUCUUCUUGCGACCCAUUGUAAUAUCAAUGAACAGCUUGGCCCUGUCAUCCCUUAUGUCCUAUGUCAUGUCUGCCAAUGGAAAUAUCGACUGGAGACCGAUAACCAUCUGCGUGACGUCGGAUAUCCUUGCGAUGGGGGCUGACCAUCUUAAGGAUAAAGAGGAGGAAUUCUCAUCUGACCGUAAUAACGCAAACGACCCACGCCUCGCCUCUUGGUUUGUAUAUGCACGAACCUUCCUUACCGCCAGCACUGUGCUCCUUGUACUGGCACUAUCUCUAUGUCCAGUGUCGACCCUCCUCACCACGGCAGCCUUCGUGGCCCCUGCCUUGCUAUGGACCACUCCGAUCAGCUUCCAGAAGUUUGGGCUGAUUUCAGGGCGCCUCCUCGGGAGGUCUGUUGAAGACAGCCAUCAGCCUUCCACGCCUGCGCCUACUCUGGUUAUCAAACGCAUCCCUGGAAUGAAAGCCAUAUUUAAUGGCAUCAUUCGAGGGUGUGGCAUCUACACCGUCAUCCUUUCUGUGUUGUCGGGAUCGGGAAAUCUGGCGGGCACGCUACCGUCUCCAUGGAGUACUGUUCAACUGAUAGUCUGGUCAACGGUCAACCGCACAUGCCACGCAAUCAUGACUGAUGUCCGUGAUUUCGAAGACGAUCUAAAGGACGGCGUCCCCACCAUACCCGUCCUUCUCGGAUCCGUCCGCAAGACGAAGGUCAUAUUAACGGCUUGUCACAUGCUUGUUGUGUUGACCUUCAUCGAAAACCCAUACAUUAUGGGGAGCUGUCUAUUUGCUGCAGCUCUGGUGUGGAUGCUUGACAAACACUCGCCCAAAAAGGCGUAUCUGUUUAGCUCUCACUCGCAGUCCUUGUUCAUUAUCUGGUAUUUGUUCACGAGGCAUAUUUAGGCUCCUGUCAGAAGAAUCUUGUGUUACUGUUAUUGAUAACUGCCUUGCAAACGUUUCUAGAUGCAACUGACUAACGGAGGAGACAUUCGUUGUCAUUCAUUAUUGUUGUCUCACCAUUGUUUCGUGUUAAGUUACCUAGUCUUUUAUUUUCACAAGGACAAUUGCCUAGCUAGAACAUAUCAAGCACAUG